AUGGUGAAUUCCGCCAAAGCCGCCACCGAUUCAUCAUCGGACGAAGGUGGUAUUGUUCACAAGAUUGUUCUUGGGGUCAAAGCCAGAGACAACAAGGACGACGGUGAAGCGUCAAAGCCGAGGGGUUCCAUGGAUCAAAAGCAAACCGAAAUGAAGAAGUAUCGUGGCGUCCGAAUGAGGAAAUGGGGCAAGUGGUGCUCUGAAAUCCGUGACCCGUUUGAGAAAAAGCGGCUCUGGUUGGGUACCUAUGACACCGCUGAGAAAGCUUUUGAAGCUUACACCAAAAAGAAAGAGGAGCUUAGAAAAAAGGCCGAAAACCAGCAGGUGACACCAGUUUCCAAGGGAGUUCGCGAUGGAAAAAAGGUGGCGAAGCUUGAUGAUAACCCGACCCGGAAACAGUGCAUGGGUGUUCGAAAGACUGAAUCGGGUAGAUGGAGUGCGAAAAUUCGUGACCCAGUUAAGAAAUCACAUGUUUGGGUUGGUACAUUUGAUACCGAAGAAGAGGCUUCAGAAGCAAUUGAAUCAAAGAAGGUGGAAUUCGGGUCCUCCCGAUCCAAUGCCGAAAGUGGGUCAUCUUUGAAGACUGAGACUUAA